CCGCUGCAGUUAGAACAGUCAAUCCCCCCAACACUGGCCCAGCAACAAGGCGGAUGCUAAGCGACAUCGGUGAGGACGUCAGUCAGUCGGACCCAGGGCCAUCUAAUCAAACAAUUGCCAAUGCACGCCCGGCUGGGAGGGCCGCCGCUGCAGUUAGGACAGUCAGUUCCCCCAACACUUGCACAGCGACAUGGCGGACGCUAAGCAAUAUCGUUGAAUCUGGUGGAACGUCAGACAGUUGGAUCCAGGGUCAUCUAAUCAAUCAGUUGCCAAUGCUCCAGUUCUGAACACCAUUGCAGCGGAAGUGUGACACCCUGCAGUCGCAGAACAACAAGGAGGCGAAUAUAAAUGAUGAUUGUUUGUCACAUCAAAUUAUGGCCUAAAGGAUCUCAAUCAAGUCACCAUGAUGCAGUUUUUUACUUGUGAGUCAGUAGCUGUAUUGUCUGUUGUCCUAGGAGCUGUUCUUAGUUCACCUCCUGGCACCUACUUUGAUUGUGAGAAGUACCCGGAAAGUCAAUAUCAGUGGGACCAGAUAGAUAAGACAAGAAGGAUAUGUGCACGGGGGACCGAAGACGGUGAAGACUUUAUUUACUGUAGGCACUGGGAGUGUGAAAAACUAGAGUGUCCUGAAGAUGAGCAGACUAAAAGGAACGAUGGAUGCAAAUCAUGUCCAGGAUUUUGCUCGUCAGGUGGAAAGAAUUACCCGUUAGGUAAAAGUUUUACGUGUGCAGAUAACGUCAACACUUGCAGAUGUUUGAAUUUUGGACUGGUGAGCACACGCAUGGGAUACUUUCCCGAGAGUCUGUGUAAUGCUACAACGAUCAACCAAUAAAACAAACAU